AUGUUCGCUCUCCGCCAAUCCAGCCGCCUAAUCCGUUCAACCCAGCACCUCAUCCGCCCAUGCGUCAAGCUCGCCUCGGCUCCUGCUCUCUCACAAAGAGGGUUCAGGUCGACCCCCCAGGCCCGAGCAGAUCUGAGCGACAUGGCGGAAGCUUUCGCCAAAAGCCCAUUGUUGGAUAUCAUGAAGAAGAGUCCUGGAGCUGUAGCGGCUUUGAAAGAGGCCGGGGAAAUCGCCAAGAAGAAAGGUGUGGACAUGACCAGCCCGCCAUCGAAGAUGACCAUGAUGUCACUAGCGUUCGAUAGCGAGUUCAGGGGUGCGAUCGAGAAGUUGAUGACCGAACUGAAGAACGCCGGGGUGGACGUCACACCAGAAAACUUGCAGAAUAUGAUGGGUUCCAUCGGGGAGCCGGGACAGGCGGGGGACGAUGUUGGGGGGAGGAAGAAGUAA